GUGCUACGGGCAGGAGCGACGCUAGUUUGUGUCUCGGCAGAGGAAAAAAGAAGCUCAACACAGGCCGGGCCAGUGUUUUACAAACCGAGUUCCUUCUCUUUUGAGGUCCUUAAACACUACAAUUUUUUUUUUCUGUGGCGGAAAGUACAAGGUAAUGAGUGGAGGGGGAAAUUUGCCGUGACUUUUUUCGGAGAAGAAGGUGCCAGCAGGGCAGCUGUCCGCGCAUCGUCGCUGGGAUCGGGAUCCGGAUCCGGAUCCGGAGCGCCUGUUUUAUGUUGAAUCGGAAUAAAUACACACCGGAAAGAUGGACCUGAAGCUGCUCUUGAUAUCUACAUUGCUCGGAGUGUUUUGUUGCAGUACUGCACAGAGAGAGGGGAAUGAGUGCAUCAGUGCCAAUGCCAAAUACUGUGGGGAGUGCAUCCAGGCUGGAGCCAAAUGUGGCUGGUGUACAGAUCCGGACUUCCUGAAACAGGGUGAGACUGUGUCAACACGUUGUGAUGAGUUGCAGUCUCUGAAAAAGAGGGGCUGUGCAGAUGGAAUGAUUGAGAACCCACAUGGAGGUCAGAGGAUCCUCAAAAACAAAAUGGUGACAAAUCGUGGAAAGGGAGCACAGAAAGAGAAACUGAAACCAGAAGACAUCACUCAGAUCCAGCCACAGAAGCUCAGUCUCACCCUGCGAUCCGGUGAACCCCAGUCUUUCAACUUGAAGUUCAAACGAGCAGAAGAUUAUCCCAUUGAUCUGUACUACCUGAUGGACCUCUCCUACUCCAUGAGGGAUGAUCUGGAGAAUGUUAAGAACCUAGGAACCAGUCUAAUGCUGGAAAUGUCAAAGAUCACAUCUGACUUCAGGAUAGGCUUUGGCUCCUUUGUGGAGAAGACGGUCAUGCCAUACAUCAGUACAACACCGGCAAAGCUGCGAAACCCAUGCACAGGGGACCAGAACUGCACGAGUCCUUUCAGCUACAAAAAUGUCCUGAAGCUGAACAGUGAUGGCCAGAAGUUCAACACCCUGGUGGGACAGCAACAAAUCUCUGGAAACCUGGACUCUCCUGAGGGUGGCUUUGAUGCCAUCAUGCAAGUGGCAGUGUGUGGGGAGCAUAUCGGCUGGAGGAAUGUGACUCGUCUGCUUGUGUUCUCCACUGAUGCUGGUUUCCACUUCGCUGGAGAUGGCAAACUUGGUGGUAUUGUAUUGCCCAAUGAUGGAAAAUGUCAUCUGGAGAACAAUGUGUACACAAUGAGCCACUACUACGAUUAUCCCUCAAUUGCUCAUCUGGUUCAGAAGUUGAGCGACAACAACAUUCAGACCAUUUUUGCAGUCACAGAAGAGUUCCAGCCUGUAUAUCAAGAGCUGAAAAAUUUGAUUCCCAAGUCUGCUGUGGGAACUCUGUCUGCAAAUUCGAGCAAUGUGAUCAACCUUAUUAUAGAUGCUUACAAUUCUCUCUCAUCAGAAGUUAUUUUGGAGAACAGUAAGCUUCCAGAAGGGGUGACCAUAGCUUACACAUCCCGCUGCAAAAAUGGAGUAGUUAGUGAGGGUGAAAAUGGACGGAAAUGCUCCAACAUCUCUAUUGGAGAUGAGGUUAUGUUUACGAUCAGCGUGACAUCUAAGGGCUGCCCAAAGCAAGGCAACCCUGAGAUCAUUAAAAUAAAACCCCUGGGAUUUACAGAGGAGGUGGAGAUCACACUCAAUUUCAUCUGUGAGUGUGAAUGUCACAAAGUGGGCAUCAAGAACAGUAACCUCUGCCAUUUUGGGAACGGGACAUAUGAAUGUGGAGCCUGCAAGUGUAAUGAGGGACGUGUGGGCAGACGCUGCGAGUGCAGCAGCAACGAUGUAGCUACAGAAGACAUGGACCGGACCUGCCGAAAAGACAAUGGUACUGACACCUGCAGCAGCAAUGGAGACUGUGUUUGUGGCACAUGUGAGUGUAAGAAAAGGGAAAACCCAGAGGAGAGAUACAGUGGUCAGUACUGCGAAUGUGACAACUUCAGCUGUGACCGAUCCGGAAACAAGCUGUGUGGAGGCCAUGGACGCUGUGUGUGCAGGGUUUGUACCUGUGAUCCCAUGUGGUCUGGCAGUGCCUGUGACUGUUCUCUGGAUACAAGCACAUGUCUGGCCAGCAACAAGCAGAUCUGUAAUGGUAGAGGGAAGUGUGACUGUGGUGUCUGUAAAUGCACUGAUCCAAAAUUCCAAGGUCCCACCUGUGAAACAUGUCCUACCUGUCCAGGAGUCUGUAUUGAACACAAAGAGUGCGUGCAGUGCCGUGCUUUUGGCACCGGUGAAAAGAAGGAAACAUGUGAGCGAGACUGCAGCGACUUUAACCUGAUUAAAGUGAAGAGCAGCGACAAGCUGCCUCAGCCUAACGAUGCCACAUACCCCGUGAUGCACUGCAAGGAGAGGGAUGCCAACGACUGCUGGUUCUACUACACCUACGCUGUCAACAACAACACUGAGAAGGAGGUCCAUGUGGUGGAGACGCUGGACUGCCCCGCUGGUCCUGAUAUCAUCCCAAUCGUGGCGGGUGUGGUUGCCGGCAUCGUCCUGAUUGGCUUAGCCUUGCUGCUUAUCUGGAAGCUGCUGAUGAUCAUCCAUGACAGAAGAGAGUUUGCCAAGUUUGAGAAGGAGAAGAUGAACGCCAAAUGGGAUACAGGUGAAAAUCCCAUCUACAAAAGUGCUGUCACCACUGUGAUCAAUCCCAAAUAUGAAGGAAAAUGAUGGCUUCAUAGUUCCCAUGAACUCUGCUAUCAAGUAUUCGACAACUGCAGUAUUUGCCGUAGUUUUAGGUCCUGGGGGCUAGUUUGUAGUUGGACUGAUGUUUUGUGAGAUUUUUUGUUGUUGUUUUGUUUGUUUGUCGUCCCCCACCCCCAACCCCCCGUAUUGCCAUGUACCGUUCACCCACUCAUCUAUAUUUUUACUAACACUUAUGAUUUAUAAGCAUUGUUCUAUUUUAUGUGUACAGCAUAUGUGUGUGUGUAUAUAAUUUUAAGUUGCGUAUUUGCAGAAUGAAGUUUUUUUUUCUUCAUCGAUUUUGUGUGAGCACACUGAAAAAAUGAAAGAUGCCUUAAAUAUUUACAUCAGCUGCGCAUGAUCAGAAUGUGUUCAAAUAACGCAAUUUUCUUAUGUUUCUCAUUUAGAAACAUAACAAAUAUGAAACCAUAGAAAAUUAUUUGGACACAUCUAGAUCAUGUGCAACCAAUGUACAUAUUUAAAUCAUGUAAAUCCAACAGACUUUUUUCAAUGCACAGGAUGGAAUUAUUUUAACACCACAAUAGAUAUAGCAAUGGACAUCGAACAGUCUGUACCCUGCACACUUUCCGUCUCAGGCGCUUUCUGUUCGUAGGUUACGCUCCUUGUGUCUCUGUGCACUGACGCGUUGUAUGUUUUUGUGUCUUUUAGUCAAGGACCUGAGUUUAAUAUGUAAACUGUCAGCUGCAGCACAUUGUCAGUGUUUGUAUAUAUUUGGAAAUCAUUUCUGAAAAAAAGAGUGGAUGAAAAUUACAUUUGAAGAAGAUGAGACGGUUAUGUUGAAUCUCAGUAGAUUAUACAGUGAAGGUUUUUAAAUGCAAACUGCAACUCAGAAAACUGAAAAUUGUUACUCGCGUUUGAUUGUAAUGUUAUUGAGUACUGUACUAUGAAACAUAACUAUACAAACAGUACUAUAGCACCAAGAUUAACAUCAGUACUCAUUAUUUUUAAUGUUGUGAAAAUGGAAGGUCUAUCACUUGUUAGAAUUCUACAAUUGUGUUGAUGUUGAACAAUCAAAAAAAUUGUAUAGUUGUCAAAAUGAAAUGAUUUUAUUCACCAUCUGGAUUGAGUUUGACUCAUUCUCAGGUCCUUUCCUGUGUUCUUGUCAAAUGCACCAAUUUUUUUUUUUUGUACUACUUGUUAUGUAAUGUGUUAGAUUAUAAGACUGAUAUAUUUGUUCACACGUCAUAUGAAUCACUUCUGAAAAGUUUUCUCACCCAAAUGCCUAUGAAGAAUACUGACUCUAUACAGCUUUGUUUUUAAAGUGCCUUUUUAUUUCAAUACUGUGUUCACUUCCAAAGUGGUUUAUGAAUUUAUUUAUUAAAUAAAGUACAAAACCUGUC